AUGCUCACCAAGUUCUUCCAAGCAAGCCUGCUCGCCAGCCUGGCUUCCGCGGCUGUUCUCCCUCGAGCAUCCCAAGCAGUCGACCAGAUCUUGGCGAUUGCCCCAACGUCCGGCUCAUGCACCAACGCCCCCUCCCCAGACGAGUGCACCACGAACGCCGACGCCGCCCCCUUCCUCGUCGCCGCCAUGGCCAAGUACAACAUCUACGCGACCCCCGAGAUCGCAGCUGUCCUGUCAGUCGUGGCCUUCGAAAGCGGCGACUUCAAGUACAACACCAACCACUUUCCCGCGCCAGGGCGGCCGGGCCAGGGCACCAGGGCCAUGCUCAUGCCCCCCUUCGUGCUGAAGUACGCCCAGUCGAUUCCAGAGCUGGCCGCCCAGCUCGGCGCCAUCACCACGCAGCCGACGACGACGGGGCUCAGCGACGACGCGCUGAACGCCAUCCGCGCGCUGGUCCGGCCGAACGAGUACUCGUUCGCCUCUGCCGCGUGGUACCUGACCACGCAGUGCGAUCCUGCGGUCCGAACGGCGCUGCAGGCCGGGGGCCAGCCUGGAUUCGAGGCGUACAUGGGAUGUCUGGGUGUGGCGGCAACCCCGGAGAGGUUGGCGUCCUGGACUCGGGCCAAUGCUGCCUUCUGA